AUGGCUACCUCUGAUACUGAGGCACCUCGAAGCCAACAAUCUCCACUCGCUUCUCGUCGUGAGAACUCCAAGGAAAAUGCCCCCGCAAGAGGCUUCUUUCCUCUAGGUUAUAAGCCGGCAUUCAGUCAGUGGUGGUCAAGCGUUUCACCGGCUGUCGCAGAACACACUGUAUUGUCCUUCGUUCCCUAUCUACAAAAGCCACCUACACAUACCCAGACUGGCUCUGCCCCAGUCUCAGCUGGCACAUCAACAAUAUCAGUAAACGAUGAUCCGAAUGCUGUAUCUGCACCAGUGCGAACAAAUUCCAUAAACGAUCCUCAUGGUCCAAGACAAUGGCAUUCGAAUCUUGUGAAACUGAGCGGGAAGAACAGAGCAUUGAAUGAGUUUUCCGUGGAAAGGUUGGGAGAAGAAGUCGAGGAUACAUUGGUAAUGCUUCACGGCUACGGUGCAGGUCUCGGAUUCUUCUACAAAAACUUCGAGGGGUUAAGUCGAGUGCCAGGCUGGAAAAUAUACGCUCUGGAUAUGCUAGGAAUGGGACGAAGCACCCGGCCACCCUUCAAAAUAAGUGCAAAGGAUCAAGCUGGCAAAAUCGCAGAAACAGAAAGUUGGUUCAUUGAUGCGCUGGAAGAAUGGCGUGUUCUUAAGAAACUCGACAAAUUUACACUUUUAGGCCACAGUAUGGGUGGUUACAUGGCUGUUGCAUACGCACUUAAAUAUCCUGGGCAUCUCAACAAAUUGAUACUCGCCUCGCCAGUGGGAAUUCCUGAAGAUCCCUAUGCUACCUCAGCGGCCAUGCCCGAGCCCGAAGAAUCUACUCUCGCAAGCGAAUUUACACAAGACCAAGAAGCAGACAUUGUCUCUUCAUCCUCCUCUUCCAAUCCAAGCAGACGCGCCACCGGUGACAACAACAAUUUUGGAAACAUGCGCAACAAACGCGAAAACAACAAAUCCAAAUCCGAACCCGCAAAACGACCCCUUCCUUUCUGGCUCACCUACCUCUGGGACGCAAACGUAUCCCCCUUUUCUCUCGUUCGCUGGGCCGGCCCCCUGGGACCCCGUCUCGUCUCCGGCUGGACAUCCCGCCGCUUUUCCCAUCUCCCCAGUAACGAAAAUGAAGCACUCCACAUGUACGCCUACUCCCUCUUUCGCCAACGCGGAUCGGGCGAAUACGCACUCCCUUAUAUCCUCGCCCCAGGGGCCUUUGCCCGCUCUCCUUUAAUCCGCCGCAUCCAUGGUGUAGGCCGUCAACCCAUUCCUUCCUCUUCUCCCUCAUCCCUUACCCAAAAAGAACACGGCUACCCCAUCCUCUUAAUGUACGGCGACAACGACUGGAUGGAUGUAGCCGGUGGCUACGCCGCCGAACAAGCUUGUAAAGAGGAGCGCGAAAAAGCUCUCGCUAAAGCAUCGAAAGAGGAAAAAGAACUAGAAAAUGGUAGCGCAAAAGUCGUCAUUAUCCAAAAAGCAGGCCAUCAUUUGUAUCUAGAUGGAUGGGAAGAAUUUAAUGAAUUCAUGAGAGGAGAAAUGAAGGAGACGACUGUGGAUAAUCGCAAGAUGAAAAGUGUCUUGGAGAAGCUGGGGGUGCAGGUUGAGGAGAGAUCGUAG